UGUGACGAGGGUCUGUCCGCAGGUUUGUCGGUUUUUCGAACUUCUGACGCAGUGGACGUCCUUAAAAAUAGGAGCUACGGCUCGUCAAUCACAUCUAUUCGCAUCGUGACUCUCGUGAGGGACUUGGGUGUAGGUUUUGAAGGCUGGGUGUUGAUCGUGAAGGAACAAUGUGUGAAGGUGCCACCACGGAGUUAAUCCCCCGAUAUUCUACGUCUCAUGGUUAACGAACACGAGAGUUAUGUCGAAGCCCGAUGCUCCAAAAUACGUCACGGCGCUUUUCUCCUUCAAAGGGAAGAAUAACGAUGAAUUGUGUUUCAAGAAAGGAGAUGUAAUAACAAUAACUCAGGCGGACGAUGAAAGCUGGUGGGAGGGUACGUUACAUGAUAAGACUGGUUGGUUCCCUUCGAAUUAUGUGAAGGAGUAUAGAGCUCCAGAUGGUAAUCAUGUGUCGAUUAAGACGUCUCCAGAAAGGAGUCCACAAGAGUCACCUGCGCAUCAAAAACUUAAUCGUGAUAUAGUAUUAAAGGACAUUGUCGAUUCUGAAAGAGUGAAUGUAGCUGAACUGCAAGGACUAGUGAAUAAUUUUCUACAACCUCUUGAAACAUCGAAUAUACUGAAGAAAGAUGAGUAUAAGCAGUUACUUGGUAACAUACACGAGGUAUUGGAGACUCAUCAAUGUUUGUUAGCAAAUUUGGAAGGAACUGUUUUGCAAGGAUUUUCUGCGAGAGUAGGAAAUCUUUUUCUAACUAUUGCGCCAAGGUUAAAGUCUAUUCACACUACAUAUUGUAACAAUCAUCCACAAGCUGUUUGCAUUUUAGAUAGAUACAGAGAUGAAUUAAAUGAAUUUAUGGAACGCAGUGGAGCGAUAUCACCUGGUAUAUUAGUAUUAACUACUGGUCUUAGCAAGCCGUUUCGAAGACUAGAUAAGUACUCUGCCAUGCUUCAAGAAUUAGAAAGAUACACUGAAAAAAAUCAUCCCGACAGAGGAGAUACUCAACGUAGUAUAACAGUUUAUAGGGAAAUCGCGGAUCAUUGUGCUUCCAUACGUAAGCAGCGUGAAUUAGCACUCCAAAUAUUAACUAGUGGAGUUAAAGGUUGGGAAGGUGAAGAAUUAAAUUCAUUAGGCGAAAUUAUUCACGUCGGAUCUGUUUCUCUAGCAACCGGCGUAGAUCGUAGAGAUAGAUACUUUGUUUUAUUUCCUACUACACUGCUGGUACUUAGCACCAGUCCUAGGAUGAGUUCCUUUAUUUACGAGGGAAAACUUCCAUUAACUGGUAUUAAUGUAACUGGAAUUGAAGAUACAGACGAAAUAAGAAAUGCUCUGGAGAUUACUGGACCAAUGAUUGAAAGCAUUGUCGUACUGUGCGCUACAAAGGAGGAGAGACAGCGUUGGAUCGAUCUCUUAAUUCAGGAACAGUGCACUAGCCUUUUGAAAUCACCAACCACGCCUCGUCAGACGAACAAUCAACCGAACGGAAAGCACCAACGACCGGCGAUGGAGCAUUGUACAUCUCCAGGGAUUAAGACACCUUGGAGUAUCGCAUCACUAAGACCUGCUCCUCCCCUGUAUUCUCUUAAGAAUUUUGGAAAAUUAGAUACUACUACAGAUACAUCACGCUCACCACGAUCAUGCAAUGAGCGACAAUUUGAAGAAGAUGCAAUCAUAUUAAAAGUAAUAGAAGGUUAUUGUCUUUCUGUCAAUGCUAGAUUUACUGUACAUUCUGGAGAGUCUAAUUCAGUGCUAGAUUAUGAAUCACAAAAAUCACGGGAUAGGAUAUCAUUGAUGCAUAACAGAGGCAAUUGGGAAUCUUGUAAUGACAGGACAUUAUCAGAAACAGUUAAAACUUUGAAGAAUCAAAUGACUGAUUUACAAUCACAAAUGUCGCUCCUAACAAAACAAUUGGACGAGGAGAGAAGAUCGCGACUCUCAUUAGCUGCUACGGUAAAACGUAGCAUGGGAGUUAUAGAUGGAUAAGGAUCUCAAUAACAUCUCAAUAACAAAGAAAAUCACAAGAAAGAAGUAUUAAAAAAUAAAUUUUUUACGAUGCUCAUUUCAUACGUGCAAGUUUUAAUCAUAAAAUGAAUAUAU